AUGGCGGCACCAACCCCCAGCCCGGGCGGGAAUGACCCGGAGGCAGAGGAGGCCACUGCUGGGCGAGCCACAGACGCCCACGCACAGGUCGGGGACAUGGAGCCCACCCGCGAGGGCCACGAAUGGGGCUCUGCGUGUCCUGAAGUCACUGCAAACGCAACUCCCACGGGGGUGGACCUGGACGUGCCCCUGAGGAACAGCUGGGCCCACGUCUCCCCCCACGCCCUCCUCCUGGGGUCUCUGUCCCAUGGCUCCGCCCAGCUGCCCUCGCUGAGCGCCGGCUCGGGGACGGACCGGCAGGAGGCCAGUCUGACUCUGGCUGGUGGGGCCGGAUUCCUGCCGGGUCCAGGUCCGGGUCCGGGUCCAGAUCCGGGUCCAGGUCCAGGUCCGGGUCUGGGUCCAGAUCCGGGUCCGAGUCCGGGUCCGGGUCCGGGUCUGGGUCCGCCACUACCAUCACCUACAUCAUCACCAUUAUCACCAUCACCACUAUCACCAUCAUCACCAUUA